AUGGGGCAGGACGAUUUCUCUCCGUCGACCCAGUCGAUGGCCAAGAACUUUAUGUUUAAAGGCUUCGAUCCUGAGGAGUACGCAAAGUCGAUAUCGGCGCAGUCGGACGGGGACAAAGAUUUGAUAGAACGCCGUGAGAACAUACGGUUACUGUCCGACGAAACAUCUCGCAAGCUAAAGCGGCAAGUCUACCUCAACUAUCGGCAGUUUAUUGAAGCUGCGCGCGAGAUAUCUGCGCUAGAGUCCGAAAUGAUCCGUAUCAAUCAUAUUCUGCAGACGCAAAAGUCGACGAUGGAUAAUUUAACAAAACUGUUUUCGGAAGAGACUUUUAAGGAAGUUGAAGCUCAGCAGCAGAAAUCGAGUGAAGAUGGAAAAUCAGCCUAUCGUGCGCUGAAUACAAUAAUUUCUAAAGUCGAGGGGUGCAGUCAUGUUCUGGCUCCAGGUCGAUAUUUGGUCCACGAUGGAGAAGUGACUGAACUCGACCAGAAUGACUUUUCUGAAAUCGGGAAGCUUCGUCUAUUCCUUCUCAAUGAUUCAUUAAUCGUUACAAAAGCGUCAGAGGAACGUCAGCGCUCAAGAAAAGAGGCAAAACUGAAAUUUCAAAAUCUCUACUCACUUGAAGGAUUACCCAUCGUGAAUGUGAAAGAGCGUGACAUGGGCACCAAAAAGAACUGCGUAAAAGUGAUGAGUUUUCCUGAACCUCGCCUGUUUCAGUGUCCGACGCCAAAGGAGAAGCGUCAAUGGCUAGAAAUAGUAGAAGAGACAAAAAUUUCCUCCAAGACGAAAACGUCUUCUGCUGGCAACCCAUCUGUCCCGCUGGCAGAUGAUGGAGACGAUGGGAAUCCAUUUUCAGGAAGUUCAGAUGCCUCAGAUGAAGAUUCUCAUGUGCGUCUAUCUCCCAAACAGGAUUCAAACGCGGGAAAUAAUCUUCCUAGCUGGAUCCAAGAAGCGCCAGAGGAAAUCGAUGUGCUUCUAGCACAACGGGACUUUGUCCAAGCUCAAAAAAUUCUCCUCAAAUGCGAAAAGACCCUGGCUACGGAACAUCCGAAAUCUUCUAACGACACUAAGCAUCAACUGUCAGAAAAACGGAAAAUGAUCGUGGAGGUCCUCUGUGCGGAACUUUCGCCCGCCGCCGAUAGAUCACUACGAGCUGGUCCUAGAGGGCAACGAGUUCCUGCUCAGCUUUUGAUCCAGCUUGGAGAAGAACGGAAAGCUGCGAGACUCUUUCUUGAAUCGCGCACAGCUGCUCAAAAGUAUUCGAGAAAGAAUCUCGUGAUGGAAGGUGACCUAGUGAGACACAACCAGAAAUUUUGCCGGAUUUUCUUCGACCAUAUCUACGAGACCGCCAAAGAAUUCAAUAAUGACUUUGAAAACAAGGCUGACAGUUUCUCGAGCCUGGUCGUGUGGGUUCAAGAUGAACUUAGAGACUUCGUCGAACAGUUCGCUAAUCAAGUGUUUCUUGGCAAUACAGAGCUGCUGGAACAAGCAGAGUGUGUUUGCGCCGCUCUUUCCGGAUCCUCAAAGCUUUCCGAAAUGGGGCUCGACGUGGAAUUUCUUCUAGCACAUCUGAUGAGAAGGCAUAUUGUUGAAGCCAUAAUCAACCACAGAAAGUUAAUAUCUGAUGGUACGAAAUGGAAACAUUCUAAUGAGGAAUGGAGACCUCUCAACUUACAAACGCCAACUGCACUGGAAAAAUUGAAAGAAGAAAUGUCCGGGCUAAACCUAACAACAUUCAACCAAUAUUGCAAAGACCCUUGUUUUGUCCGUCUAACACCGACUAUGAUUUCUUUCGCGCGAGCAUGUGUAACGCACACACAGGCGGCAAUGAAGCUCUAUUCGCAGGAGCUCUACCACCCGAUCGUUGACUCGAUAACAGAAUUACUCCGAACUGUAACACAUAGUAUCUCGAAGAGUAUGGCAGAAGUAAGAGAUCAAGAAAAAGCAAAACUAGUCCGCCGAUCUGCGAAAUUCCUGGCCUCUGACCUCAUUCCCGCCGUCAACAAGAUUAUAAAGGAAAAAACUGGGAAAGAUCCGCGCUCAAUACAGGAGCUCCUUCGAAAUUUUCUUCAGAGCUUUCCUUCUUGA